GGCUGUCAGUAUUGUUCAAGUGACGGUGCAGAGGAAGGGCAGUCAGUAUGCUGUGAUGUCACAGCGCUGUACACAUUAAAAAACUGCUCGUUUUAUUUUUGCAGCUUCACGUACAGUCGCCGAACUUGGAAGCAGAUGUAAUUAAAGACGACACUUCCUCCCAGCGCUAACGUUAGCUGUCCUGUCAGACUUGUCGACGAAGGAAACAACGAAGUGUUCUUUUAUGUGGCACGGAUGAAAUUACUGCUCACUGAGGAAACGUCUGCGUUUGUCAAGAAGAUACACAUUUGUCUUGUGGACUGGGCCGUCUUGUCGAAGAAAACCGAGAACAAGGACUAACGUUUUCGGAUGCACAUCAGUUCUGUGUUGACAUUUGCGUUGCAUCCUUAAGAUGUUUUAAGCUAACAUUGACAGGACUAGCUCGCUGAUGUUGGCUAGCGUCAUAGGUGUCGACCACUUGUAUAUUACAGAUAGAAGCAGGUUGAAGUAUUCACUAUCGAAAGAGAUCAUCUUAUUUACACAUUUUCGUUAGCAUGUCUGCAGAGAGCUGCUAUGGGCUGCCGCUAUGACGCUAGGUGUAGCCACAGGGUUAUGUCACUGUCAGGCUAACAGAUAGCUUUCCGUCUGCAGCUGCCUCAAUCUUUGCAUGGUCAUGUCCAGCAGGCUUGGCAUCAUGUAGACCGUCCCUCUGUCCAGGCUAGGUGAGCGGGGAAACAGUAUGUUAGUGAGCCUCCUUGGAGCGUAAUGCAAAGCUGGAUUGCAGCUAUCCAACUGGGUCAAAGACUGACAGCUGGCACUGAUACAGUUUAGCUCAGGAUUGUUGCUCGCCAUUCUCAAAGCCGUCCGCUCUGUGAUAUUACAAACAUCCCGACCCACUUGGAGGACAUGUGAAUGCAUCAUGUCCUGCCUGCAUCUCUUAUUUAUGCAAUAAGGCACCAGAGCAGCCUGUAAUGAAAUAAUCCCGCAGUGAGAGAGGCAGCAUCAUCAGGACUGAGUGGAUAUUUUGCUCCUUUUAUUCCCUGAAGAGGACAGCAACAUUCAAGGCUAUCUAAGUGUCCAGCACCUGCCCAUCACAAUGGAAACUGUGGGAGAUUUUGAGUACAGCAGAAAAGACCUGGUUGGACAUGGAGCCUUUGCUGUGGUGUUCAAAGGAAGACACAGGAAGAAGACAGAUUGGGAGGUGGCCAUUAAGAGCAUUAAUAAGAAGAACCUGUCCAAGUCCCAGAUCCUUCUUGGCAAGGAAAUCAAAAUACUGAAGGAGCUGCAGCAUGAAAAUAUUGUGGCACUUUACGAUGUCCAGGAAACACCUAACUUUGUUUUCCUAGUCAUGGAGUAUUGUAACGGAGGUGAUCUUGCUGACUAUCUGCAAGCUAAAGGGACAUUGAGAGAGGACACACUGAGAGUUUUCCUCCAGCAGAUUGCUGCUGCCAUGCGCAUCCUCAACAGCAAAGGAAUCAUCCACCGCGACCUGAAGCCCCAGAACAUCCUGCUGUCAUAUGCAGGUCGCAAGAAGUCCAACAUCAGUGGCAUCCGCAUCAAAAUAGCUGACUUUGGCUUUGCACGGUACCUCCAGAGCAACAUGAUGGCAGCCACGCUGUGUGGGUCCCCCAUGUACAUGGCCCCAGAAGUCAUCAUGUCCCAGAACUAUGACGCCAAAGCUGAUCUGUGGAGCAUAGGGACAGUUAUCUACCAGUGUCUCGUCGGCAAGCCACCAUUCCAGGCUAACAGCCCGCAAGACUUAAGGAUGUUUUAUGAGAAGAACAAGAAUCUACAACCUAUCAUCCCGAGGGAGACAUCCGCACAACUUAGUGACCUUUUGCUUGGCCUACUGCAGAGAAAUCAGAAAGACAGAAUGGACUUUGAUACAUUUUUCAGCCAUCCUUUCUUGGAGCCCUCGUCCACCAUUAAAAAAUCAUGUCCAGUGCCGGUCCCCAGCGCCUCCAACGCUGUGACGGACAGUUCCUGUGGCAGCUCCCCAUGCAUCCGCUACAACUCUCCUCCUUCUCUCCCAGACAUGCAGACUCUAACGGAAGACGGCCUGUCGUCUCCUCCACUCGGUCCACCCAACUUUUUGCAGCUGUCCAAAGAGUCUGCAGGAAGUACCAGCAGUAAGAAUUCCUCCUGUGACACUGAUGACUUUGUCCUGGUGCCUCACAUCUCUACAGACAGCUAUGACCAACCAAUGGGAGUUGGUCGUCGGGCGUCCAGUGAGUUUCUCAUGUGUGGAGGGCAGCCACAGCCCACCCCAGGACAGACUCCCAUGGUGUCGCCACGGGCUGAAACAACACCAAUCCCUGUUCCCACCCAGGUCCGCAACUACCAGCGUAUCAAGCAGAACCUCUCCAGCAGCCCGACCACCACGCUCUACAGCUCCCCGAGGUCUGGCACUGUGAGGCGCUCAAACACCAGUCCUAUGGGGUUCCCCAAGGUGGGCUCAGGGUCCCCCAGCUCCGCAGACGUGCCUCAGACAGUGAGCCGGCGCCUCUCUACGGGUAGUUCCCGGCCCUACUCCCCCUCGCCUCUUGUGGGCACCAUCCCUGAGCAACUGGGUCACUGCUGCUGUCACCUGCAGAACCAGGAGCCUCGCAGUCGCAGCUCUUCAGGAGGUUCGCCUGUUCCGUCCUCUCAGCUCCUGGGGGCUCGGCUCCAGAGCGCCCCUACCCUGACCGAGGUUUAUCAGACCAGGCAGAAACUCCACAAGCAGCUGUCAGACCCUGUGCAGCCUUCAUCCUCCUCCUGUAGUCACUCCCCUCAGCUUGGCCGACCCGCUAACCUCGGCUCCUCCCCCACCAAGUUGCUGGGCUCCUCCCCUCGCACAUCCGACUGGCUGCAGAAGUCCCCACUGCCCACCAUCAUUGGUUCCCCUACUAAGACGAUUUCAGCACCUUUCAAGAUCCCCAAAACACAGGCCUCCUGUAACCUGAUGGCGCUGGCAGACAGUCCUGUGCCCACAAAGGCGUUGGCGGAUGCCCGGGAUGUCUGUGCUUACCACUGCAACCCGUACCUGGCCGGACGGGCAGCUGCUCCAGAGGCCAGCAGAACAUUUGGCAGGUCCGUUAGCACAGGUCGUCUGUCUGACCAGCCAAUCAGAUUCACUUUAGGUGGACAGACCUAUCAGGGCAGCACCGACAGCCUGAACACAGAGCGACCCAUGGACACAGCCCCUGCAGGUCCUGGCGUGCUGGCUCAGGGUGGAUCAGCCAGUCCCCGUACUGUUCUUUUCACUGUGGGUUCACCACCCAACAGCAGCACUCCUCCUACCUGCAGCCACUUGGGCACCCGACCACGGACCACUUCAGUGGGUUCCAACAGCUCGGCCGGCUCGCUGUGUUCCACCAGUGGUCGGGUCUAUGUUGGAUCUCCUCCAGGCAUGGCUAUGGGCUCCUCUCCUCCUGGAGGUUUUGGGGGCGGCCAGGUUGUCCCCGGGGCAGAGGGGGCACCCAGCAGUCUGCGCUACGUACCUUAUGGGACUUCUCCUCCCAGCUUGGAGGGAUUCAUCACCUUUGAAGCCCCUGAGCUGCCUGAGGAGACCCUGAUGGAGCGUGAGCAUACAGACACCCUGAUGCACCUACGGAUGAUGCUUUCAUUCACCGACUGCGUCCUGGAGAUGGCGGCAGUUCGAGCUGGAGGGGCAGAGCUUGGCGUGUCGGCUGCAUCCCUCUACCCUCCUCAGGACAGUGUGGUUGUGGACCAGAUCAGCCAGCUUAGCAAGGAGUGGGGGCAGGUGGAGCAGUUGGUGCUCUACAUGAAGGCAGCUCAGCUCUUGGCUUCCUCCCUCCAUCUGGCCAAGGCUCAGAUUAAGUCUGCCAAGCUCAAUCCCUCCACUGCUGUCAAACAAGUGGUGAAGAACCUGAAUGAUCGCUACAAAAGCUGCAUCUCACUCUGCCGGCGGCUGACCGACAAACUCAACCACUUCUUCUCUGAUAAGCAGCGUUUUGUGGAUGAGAUCAACAGCGUCACUGCAGAGAAGCUCAUCUACAAUCACGCAGUGGAGAUGGUUCAGUCAGCAGCUCUGGAUGAGAUGUUCAAGCAGACGGAGGACAUCGCCUACCGCUACAGCAAGGCCGCCAUGUUGCUGGAUGGCCUGUCCAAGAUCCUACAAGACCCCACUGACAUUGAGAAUGUGGUCAAAUAUAAAGCCAGUGUGGACCGCAGGAUCUCAGCUCUGUGCUACUGUACUGUCACACUGUAUGAGUAGCAGCCCUCCCACAGACGCGCGCAGAGGGACCACGUCCUAAGACUAUUGACUACCAUCCUCACAAAGUCCCUGUUUCCUCCUGUAGCAGUUCAAGCACUUUUGAUUUGUGAGGUUUCAUCUGUAUUUAUCAUCAGUUCUUUUCACUGGCUGCAUCACAGAAUGAACUGUGGCUGAUGCACAAAUUUCUAACCAAAGACGACAACAGAUCCGGAAACAAAAGGCUGAAACCGGAUGUGAACAUACAAGCGUGCACUUUGAGCUGCAUUUUUUUUUUUUACUCUACGAUGGUAGAACACCAUCAGAUCAACAUAUAGAUUGUUGAUAUCAUUUGUUUUUACCAGAAGAAAACAAGGACUCACAGGACUAUGAGACAGUGUUGUGGACUCAAGCUCCACAUCCUACAGUUCAUUUUUACAUCCUAUCAGUGGUUAUUUACUCUGUGUUUAAGUUGUUGUUGUUCUUAUUUAUUGGUUGAGAAGAACACGGCGUUUCCUGCCUGUCUUGAAAACUUCAAGUAUUGGAGUGAAAGAAAAGGAAGAAAUUAACAAAAGGCUUAUUGCCGCUCACUGUAUUAGAUAAAGCUCAGAGACUAUGUGGACUUCUACAGAAAACACAAACUCCUGUUACAGAAACUAUACAGCCGUGAGAGCAAAGGAGCCUGUAGAUUUGUAAUGGCUUUGUUUUUAUUUUUUAUGUUGUUACCUCAAGCACUUUAUUGUGGAUUGAGAGGAGGAACAGAUAUCUGAAGGUGGAAAUGUGAAGGCAGGGGGGGACGGUUUUCUAAUCACACCUGCUCCCACUCAAACGUACCUGAUCUGUGUGCAUGAGCAACAAGUCUUUAGAGGUGCAUGCAUUUCAUAUUCACAGACUCACUGCUCAGCUUCUUGGGCUUUGACUAUCAAAAGAUCACAGAACCACUUAGCUCUAGUUUACUGAUGUAUGUUCAUACAUACAUCAGUAAACACGAAAGUGGUUUUUAAGAUUCAGAUCAGCUUGUUCAUCAUGUGAAUGAUGUUCAGUCUGUGGAAAAAGUUGUGAAAUGUCUCCUGUGACUCAGACCUGAGAUUUCCUUGAUGAUGUCUCUGCAGAUUAUCUCUACUUGGACAUGAGACUUAAUAGGAGACGCAGAAAGAAAUAUGCAGAUUCCGUGCAUCGAGGGUUUAAGUGGAGAAUUGUUUAUGUAGAAUGUAUAAUCUAGGGUCUACUUAAUUUAUUGUUUAAUUCAACUUUCUGCAAGUGGUAUGAUAUAUCAGUGGAUCUCCCUGUAAAUCCAGACACACUAGUUGUGUCUAGCAUGUGAGAAAACGAGCUACCGUUUCUGCAGCCAUUCUAAGGCCGCCAUGUUCUCCAAGAAUGACCGAUGUUCUUAAACAUCACGCUAAUGCCAUUUACAAAAAUACUCCCAGUUUCAGCAAGCAUAUGAAAACAUAUAUCGAGGGAGCUUUCAUUGACUUAUAUCAAACUUGCAUUCAUUGGGCACAGGUCAUAGAAAAAUGUUGUUUCUCACAUAGUUUUCUGUUGUAGUUGAUCGGAAUGCACUAGACUUACGAUGACUUGUUGAUCAUGUUAAUCACAGUGAGGAGGGGUGGAGGUGACUCACUCUGCUCAUGUGAGCUUAGAUAUUCAGAAGGAAACCAGAAUUUGAGAGAGUGGCCCUUCUCCUGUUACCACUGCAGCGCUGAACAGCCAAUCAGGUGUCCACUCCAAACCCUGAAGAAGUGAAACUGAACGGUCAAAUUACUUGACAAGUUACCUUAAUAAUAAGUUCCAUUUUACUAAAAAAAAACUACAGCUUCUUAUGUUCUGUCAAAAUCUGUAGCUACUUUUUUUAAACUAAACUUGAUGUUUGCAAACCUGUAUAUAUUUGAAUGUGGUACAUGUGGUGAUUCCUUUCUCUUCUUUUGGAAGGGGAGUGUGUGUGUGAGUGUGUGAUCAUAGUUUGAAGGGGUGUGGAUGUCGCCAUCAGACGCCCUGCCUGUCAGUCAAAGAGCACAAAUCUUUAUAUGUAGAUAGAUGAAUUUGUAUUGAUUUUAGUCAUGUCUGCCAAGGGUUUGAUAAGGAAAACCUAUUUUGGCACAACAGGAGUGUGCCAAAGACUAUAAUAAAACUCAUGGCAGCUCCAAUCCUUUCCAGAGAACUCUUUCUACCAGGACUGUUUGUUGUUGAGAUCACAUUUAUUUCGUGGUUCUUAUGAAAUGUUCUGAAAUGAGCAUGAGGUUUUUUGGAUUUCAAACUCAUUUCCACAAAUUUUCUGAGACUUGAUUUGUCACAAUCUGCACUGCCCUACCGUUCACUCAGUCCCUCUGCCUCCCCCUCAACUUGUCUGCUGUGCUCCCAACGGUGUAUGUACUGUAUGUAUGAGUGUAUAUAUACACACGUGCAUUAAGGCCAGUAGUAUACAGUUAGUGAUGGAAAAGGAGGUGCCUUCUUCAGACAUAGGCCUACUCCUCUGUACAGGUGUGAAUACGUUCUUUUUCUGUGUAAAAAUGUGUAUAAAUGCAUUCACAGGUGGUCUCCAGGCCUGUUCCUCUGAUGUACUGUUCUUUUUCUAGACAUAUCUGGGUUUCAGUUUUCCCUUAUCCAUGUCGUGUCCACUCUGAACCACAUGAAGCCUUUUACUGCACACAGAGUGAAGAGGGACAAAUAAAGCUGAUAGAAAUCCACCUGAAACUUUGCUCUGUACCAUUCUGGACUGUACCUGAAGAUGGACUGUUCUAGAUAAAGCAUGGGUACCAACUCUGCAUCUUACCCCGUAGAACCUCUAGAAUGUUGAAUGUAUGCACCCUGUCGUUUUGCGCCUCUCCAGCUUGAUCUGAAUGCAUUCUGAAGAACCCCGCUGUCAGUCACCACCCUGAAGAUGCAACACUUUCCAACACAGAUUUUUCAGAGAAAUGUUAAUGUCAUACUUGUGUCUCUCACUGAGGGGUGUCUCUUGUUCUUUAUGGAACUCAAAUAUGGUCUUUGUUAUUAAAAGGAGAUUUUAAAAAAUUAA